UGAUUAAACUGGUGAGCAGCUGAGCUACCCUCCCACAUCACCAUAGCAAAACACUAUGAACCCAUGAAACCUGCCAAACAGGCCAAUGUCAAAUAAUAAAGUAACAAACAAACUAAAACAAUAACCUACAACAUUACAGUGAAAUUAAGAAUUAAGCAGACACAAAACCGUAUUCAUUUUGGGAACAGGGCCUAGUGCAAAGGGAGAAAGGAAGCCUGUUCACAACUUCCCAGACCCCUGUGUCCCCCCAGUGUUAGAAGGAAACGUGCCCCUUGUAUGGUUACGUGUGCAGUCAAAGGUUUUUGUGAAAUGAUCUCCUCUGACCUCAUACCGAUCCGACCUUUACAUCCAAACAUGUUUUUUUUUAUCUGAGCCAUAGUCCUUACAACUGUGCAACACAAAGUAACGCCCUUGGGUGGAGCAACAGUGAAAGAGGAGAGCUGCAACUCCACAUUUCCUGAAAUGAAAGUGAAAGUUUGUCUGAGCAACAACAGAGCUGCAGUCGCGACAACUCUCUCUGUUUCUCUCUGAAGAAACGUUCAACUGAAUCCAGCAGCUUUUCCUCAACAACAGACUCUCUGGCAAACACUGUGUCGAUAUGUCUGCUGCCAGCUGUCUGCUGACUGAAGAUCAGUUUCUGUGCGCCAUCUGUCUGGAUGUGUUCACUGAUCCAGUCGCCAUGCCAUGUGGACACAACUUCUGUAAAACCUGCAUCACUGAUCACUGGGAUAUUAAUGUCCAGUGUCAGUGUCCCAACUGUAAAGAGGUGUUCGAUCCAAGGCCUCAUCUACGGGUCAAUACUUUCAUCUCCGAGAUGUCUGCUCAGUUUAGACAGUCAGCUCAACAGAUAGCCUGCAGCAGCAGAUCAGAGCAACAAGUGUCCAAAUCAGCAGAAGUUCCCUGUGAUGUCUGUACUGGAAGCAAACUGAAGGCCCUAAAGUCCUGCCUGGUGUGCCUGGUCUCCUACUGUGAAACUCACCUGGAGCAUCAUCUGACAGCUUCACGUUUGAAAACACAUCAUCUGAUUGACCCUGUGGACAACCUAGAAGGCAGGAUGUGCACAAAGCACGAUAAACUGCUGGAGCUGUUCUGUAAGAUCGAUCAGAUGUGUGUCUGCAUGCUCUGCACAGUUUUAGACCACAAGAUGCAUGACAUUGUUCCUCUGAAAGAAGGAUAUGAAGGAAAGAAGGCAGAGCUGGAGGCUGAAAUCCAGCAGAUGAUCCAGAAGAGGCGACUGCAGAUUCAGGAGAUCAAGCGCUCAGUGGAGCUCAGCGAGGAAGAUGCAGACAGAGAGAAAGCUGAGGGUAUUCAGGUCUUUACUGCUCUGAAGGAGUCUAUUGAUAGAAUCCAAGCUGAGCUCUUCAGCAUAAUCAAAGAGAAACAGAGGACGACAGAGAAACAGGCUGAAGGCUUCAUCAAGGAGCUGGAACAGGAAAUCUCUGAGCUGAAGAAGAGAAGCACUGAGGUGGAGCAGCUCUCACAGUCUGAAGACCACCUCCAAUUCCUCCAGAGCUUCACAUCCCAGAACGCUGCUCCCUGUACCAAGGACUGGACAGAAGUCAACCUCCGUCCAUCGUCACAUGAGGGGACUGUGAGGAGAGCUGUGAGUCAGCUGGAGGAGACGCUUAAUGAAGAGAUAACCAACCUGUUUGUGGGCGAGCUGAAGAGGGUCCAGCAGUAUGCAGUGGAUGUGACUCUUGAUCCUGAUACAGCACAUUUUGGUCUUACCCUGUCUGAUGAUGGUAAACAAGUUAAACAUAGUGAUGUAAAGAAGAAUCUCCCAGACAACCCAAAGAGAUUUUUUCCAUGGGUCAAUGUCUUAGCAAAGCAGAGUUUCUCUUCAGGAAGAUUUUACUACGAGGUUCAGGUUAAAGGGAAGACUCACUGGACUUUAGGAGUGGCCAGUGAGUUGAUCAACAGGAAGGGAGAAAUAAUUUUGAGCCCUCAGACUGGCUACUGGACGACAUCUUUGGCGAAUAAGAAUGAGUAUUACGCCAGUGCUGGCCCCGAUGUCCGUCUCUCUUUGAAGUCUCCGCCUCAGAAGGAGGCGAACAGCUUGCAGUGGGAACUCAGCUUCAACCAGGUCCAGAUGAAGAAGUCUCAACAAUCCUGGGAGCAGAAAUACAACAGAAUUUGGAGUGAGAACAAGACUCUGACCGACAAACUGGAGGAGAGAGAGAGAGAGAUCCAGAAGCUCCGGGCAGAACAUUCCACUCUUAGUCGGCAGUGCGUGGAGCUUCUCUCCAUGCUGAGUGUGAAGGAGCAGAGAACUUACCAAGAAACCAAACCUCACUACAGCCCAGAGAGAGACGCAAGUCUUCUGGAGCUGGCAGUUUUGGGGGCGUGCCGGUGUCUCGGUGCUGCUGACGCUUGUCUGUGCAGUCGGGCCGCGGCUAGCAGCAGGAAGCAGCUGGUCCAGCUCCAACAGGAGCUGGAUGCACAGCGUCUGAAGAGAGAGGAGGCGUGGAUGGUCGCCGAUGCUUUUCGCAUCGCCUUUGAACAGCAGCUGAGGAAACGGAGUGAGCACUUCCUCCUGCUGGCUGAAGCCAACAUCCUGAAGUCUAAUCAGGGCAAAGCUGAAGGUGCUAACAGCAGUCCUUUAAUCAGUGUAAGCCAGAGGUUGAGAGGAUUGCUGCCAUCCAAGAUGCCUGAGACUGAGACUGAGACUGAGACUGAGACUCUCUACCGACUGCUGGACUUGCUGAAUGACAAGGAGGAGGCUCUGGCCCACCAGAGGAAGGUGAGCAUCAUGUUAGCCCACAGUGCAGACGAGCUACAGAGACAGUUGCAUCUGGAUUCACAUUGCCGGCCAGCAGACCCAUCAGAGAACCAGAACCAGCAAACUUCUAAUACAUCAGAGUCGAAGAUACAAGCCCAAGUCUCAUCAGAGUCCAACAUCCAUGCACAGCAACACCUACAGCUGCCAGAUUCCCAGCAUCAGCCGGGACACGCAGCGUGUCUGUCAGAGUCCAGGACUGAACCACAGGAGCUGUUAGACCCAUCGCAGUCCAACAGCCAGCCACUGUCCAACCACAAAAACCGCGAGUCUGAAAUCCAAAAAUCUGACCAACCAGAGUCCUGAUCCAGCCAGCAGACUCCUGUCUCAGACAGAGACGCAGCACUCGGGGUUUGAUUCUAAAAUAGGAGGACGUGGUUUUGGCACACACCACCUGGCUCAAUGCAAACGCCUAGUUCAAAAAAGACAAUGUUGUGCACAUUCAUGUAGUUGCUAAUGCAUGACAAAAAAAAAAGAAUGUUCAAAGAAAAGUGAGUGAAGUCCACACAACAGCUGACAAUGACCCUUCUUGGGACGGGCAUUGGAAAUUAGUAAUUGCUAAGGGAGACGCCAGCCCCCCUCCUGAGCAGAGGUGUCAAUUCC